AUGAUAUUCCGUGUUUUAGAGGCUUCUCUGGUGACGGUUUCCGUGAAGAUCCUUUCAAGUUCUUUGAGAAAUACCUUUAGCUCUUCCCAUGAGUUAGUUUCCAUGGAUCUCAAUAGUGCCAGCACUGUUGUUCUUCAGGUCUUAACACAGGCCACCAGUCAGGAUACCGCUGUGUUAAAACCAGCAGAGGAGCAGUUGAAACAGUGGGAGACACAGCCAGGUUUCUAUUCAGUGUUGCUGAAUAUUUUCACAAACCACACUCUGGAUAUAAAUGUAAGGUGGCUUGCUGUGCUGUAUUUUAAGAAUGGAAUUGAUCGUUACUGGAGACGUGUAGCGCCUCAUGCUCUCUCAGAGGAGGAGAAAUCUACUUUGCGUGCAGGGCUAAUCACCAACUUCAAUGAACCAGUAAACCAGAUUGCAACUCAGAUUGCAGUACUGAUUGCAAAAGUUGCUCGAUUGGACUGUCCUAGACAGUGGCCUGAACUGAUUCCCACUCUUAUAGAAUCUGUGAAAGUCCAAGAUGAUCUUCGACAGCAUAGAGCAUUACUUACCUUCUAUCAUGUUACCAAGACUCUGGCUUCCAAACGUCUGGCUGCUGAUAGGAAAUUGUUUUAUGAUUUAGCUUCUGGAAUUUAUAAUUUUGCCUGCUCUCUGUGGAAUCACCAUACAGACACAUUCCUUCAACAUGUUUCUUCUGGCGGUGAAGCUGCAGUUCUGAGUUCACUAGAACGAACUCUGCUGUCAUUGAAAGUGCUGCGUAAAUUAACUGUUAAUGGAUUUGUGGAACCUCAUAAGAAUAUGGAGGUGAUGGGUUUUUUACAUGGAAUAUUUGACCGUCUGAAGCAAUUUCUGGAAUGCAGUAGAAAUAUAGGUACAGAUAACGUAUGUAGAGAUAGAUUGGAAAAGACCAUCAUUCUUUUUACUAAAGUGCUUUUGGACUUCUUGGAUCAGCAUCCGUUUUCAUUUACUCCUCUAAUUCAGAGAUCACUGGAAUUUUCUGUAAGCUAUGUAUUUACGGAAGUUGGUGAAGGCGUUACGUUCGAACGAUUCAUUGUUCAAUGCAUGAAUCUUAUUAAGAUGAUUGUUAAAAAUUAUGCUUAUAAGCCAUCCAAAAAUUUUGAAGAUAGCAGCCCUGAAACUCUAGAAGCUCAUAAGAUUAAGAUGGCAUUCUUCACAUAUCCCACUUUGACAGAGAUAUGUAGAAGAUUAGUCUCUCAUUAUUUUCUGCUAACGGAAGAGGAACUGACAAUGUGGGAAGAAGACCCAGAAGGCUUUACAGUGGAAGAAACAGGAGGAGAUUCUUGGAAAUACAGUUUGAGGCCUUGCACUGAAGUACUAUUUAUAGAUAUAUUCCAUGAAUAUAAUCAGACUCUUACUCCUGUACUUCUAGAAAUGAUGCAGACACUUCAAGGACCCACUAAUGUGGAAGAUAUGAAUGCACUAUUAAUUAAAGAUGCUGUGUAUAAUGCUGUUGGAUUAGCGGCUUAUGAGCUGUUUGACAGUGUUGAUUUUGAUCAGUGGUUUAAAAACCAACUUCUUCCAGAAUUACAAGUCAUUCAUAAUAGGUAUAAGCCAUUGCGACGCAGGGUGAUUUGGCUCAUCGGUCAGUGGAUUUCUGUGAAAUUCAAGUCUGACUUAAGACCCAUGUUAUAUGAGGCAAUUUGUAAUUUGCUUCAAGAUCAAGACUUAGUGGUCCGUAUUGAAACAGCUACAACACUGAAGUUAACUGUUGAUGAUUUUGAAUUUAGAACAGAUCAGUUUCUACCGUAUUUGGAAACCAUGUUCACACUACUUUUUCAGCUACUGCAGCAAGUUACAGAAUGUGACACAAAGAUGCAUGUUUUGCAUGUCCUUUCUUGUGUGAUUGAAAGAGUCAACAUACAGGGAUUAGGAGCAGACAGCAAGAACCUGUACCCUUUCCUGCUCCCAGUUAUUCAACUGAGUACAGAUGUUUCCCAGCCUCCACAUGUUUAUCUUCUGGAAGAUGGUUUAGAAUUAUGGUUAGUGACUUUGGAAAACAGCCCAUGUGUUACACCAGAGUUGCUUCGUAUAUUUCAGAAUAUGUCCCCACUUCUUGAACUAAGUUCAGAAAAUCUCAGAACCUGCUUUAAGAUCAUCAAUGGUUAUAUCUUUUUAUCAUCAACAGAAUUUCUACAGACAUAUGCAGUGGGUCUCUGUCAGUCCUUUUGUGAGCUGCUAAAGGAAAUUACUACAGAAGGUCAAGUUCAAGUACUCAAGGUUGUGGAAAAUGCCCUUAAAGUGAACCCAGUAUUAGGUCCACAGAUGUUUCAACCAAUUCUACCCUGUGUUUUCAGAGGUAUUAUAGAAGGAGAGAGGUAUCCUGUCGUGAUGUCAACAUACCUUGGAGUUAUGGGUCGAGUCCUGCUACAAAACACUAGUUUUUUUUCUUCACUUCUUAAUGAGAUGGCACAUAAAUUUAAUCAGGAGAUGGACCAGCUUUUGGGAAAUAUGAUUGAAAUGUGGGUUGAUCGCAUGGACAACAUUACGCAGCCUGAAAGAAGAAAACUUUCAGCUUUGGCUUUGCUUUCUCUUCUGCCAUCUGAUAAUAGUGUCAUCCAGGAUAAAUUCUGUGGGAUUAUAAACAUCUCAGUGGAGGGCCUACAUGAUGUCAUGACAGAAGACCCUGAAACAGGAACUUAUAAAGACUGUAUGUUAAUGUCUCAUCUUGAAGAACCAAAAGUUACAGAGGAUGAAGAACCACCCACAGAACAGGAUAAGAGAAAAAAGAUGCUGGCCCUGAAGGACCCCGUGCACACGGUGUCGCUGCAGCAGUUUAUCUACGAGAAGCUUAAGGCACAGCAGGAGCUACUGGGAGAGCAAGGCUUCCAGUCCCUCAUGGAGACGGUGGACACAGAGAUCGUCACCCAGCUACAAGAGUUUUUGCAGGGCUUCUGAGAGCACAUGACCUGUGGCUGCCUCCCCUUUCGGAGACAAGCUGAGGAACCCAGCCUGCCGUCUGUGUGUGAGAGCCUGCUGAGGCGAUGAAGAAAUCCCUCGUGUAUUACAAAGACGUGAAGACCAUGCAUUUUUACUACAAAAUUGAGUGAAUAAAUAUACAUCCCGCACAACUAAAAUCACAAACCUAUUCCUCAAAAGAAUUUAAUUUUGUAUUUCAGAGGGGCCCUGUGUUUACUAGAUAUAGAUUUGAUGACACUAGCUGCUUAGUUUUCUGUUAAGAGAGAGGAAACCGUGUGAUUACCUUUUAAUCAUGUGCUCUUAACACUUGAGAAGAUGAAGGUUAAUGUCUGCGAUGUCUUUCUGCAACCAGAAUUAGUAUUAAUUUGGCUGCUUUAUCCCUUUUUUAAGCUAAUGAAACUGCAAGUUUGAAAGAUGACAAAGCUGUUCAGAUGAUGCGAUUGAAGAAAUGUGUGCACCAGGCAAGAAUAUAUAAAUAGUGACAAAUAUAUAUUACUGAGGUUAUCUUGCAAGGGAGUUGCUUUCAUCUGACCUAGAAAAUAUGUUUUAUCAAAUGCUUUUAUUUUCAUUUUACUAAUUUGAUAAAAAAAAUUAGUAAAGGAAUUUUUUUCUCAUUUUAUUUUCAGUAAUUACAUUUAGUCUUUAAAUGCAUAUCGUAAGGCCCGCAGAAGGGAACCUGUGGUACUGCGGCAUCAGGUGGGAGACCUCUGGUCAUGAUUUGGCCCCAGCUCCUUUAUUACUCCUGAAGGCCAGGAGCGCUGUGAGCCCCGAGAAUCCCUGGGCAGCCCGCAGACCCCCCUGUGCUAUGACGUGGCUGUGACAAGCCGCUCCGCACUUACCCAUCCCAGGCUCCUCACCGCAGCGGUGCAUCGGGCCCACAGUAUUAUGGGUGCACCUCGGAGGACCCAGCAGCAAUCCCCAGGGUACCAACACUCAUGUGACAAGUCUUCCUUCCUUAUUCCUCCAACACGCAGUACCAAAAAAGGGGAAAAGGAGAAAAUAAAGCCUUACUUUGUUUUACUUGCCAUUUAUUAUAAGCAACCUUUAAAGCAUUUUUAAGGAAAUACUCAAAAGCAAGGUUGGAAAAUGAUCUUUCUAUAGAAAGUUGGGUACAGUAUGUGACUGCAGGAAACCCACUGCCCCUUUGUAAGCUCUGGAACCCAAAAUGUAUGGAAAUACUUGGUGUUUUCAGCAAGAGAAAGAAAAUAUGGUCCAAAUUAAAUUUUCCAAAGCUAC